CUGCAGCCCAGUAAGUUGUUUCUCCAACCGCCAAUAAAACACAAGAGAAGAAGAAAGAAAGUAGUGGGGGAGGGGGGUUAUUAGACAACUUAUUUGUCUUCAAAAAAAUAUUUGAUAGAAAAAUAUGAAUUAGUUUUAUUUCUUCUGUUAUCUCCUUUCCACACUUCUGGUCAGUAGGUGGCGGUGUUGCUCCUGUGGAGUUGAUCUGCAAACCGCCAUUUUACAGCAUCAGAAGAAGAAGAAAAUGUUCCCGCUUCAGUUUAUUAGCUGAACUCGUCCAAAGUUAGCUCACCAUGCUAACGUUAGCCUGAGCAGAGACUUUCUUCAGCUGCUGCAGGAUUCCUUCACUUCUGCUGGAGAAAACUGAAGUUCAGAGAAGAUGAAAAUCAGAGCUGGAAUGGAGUGAAACCUCAGAACUUUCAGAACAACAACAAAAAUAGAUCAAAAUUAAAGAUCUGUAACCGGUGUGGAAAUCUGUUUCCUCUGCAAAGAUCUUCGGAAUGCAACAGAAUAGUCACUCUGAGGUGAAACCAUGCAGCUGUGAGAAGUGUGGGGAAGAGUUCAUCUCUUCCACAGACCUAAAAAAACAUCAGCUGAUCCACAGUGAGGUUAAGUCAUUCACCUGUCAUGACUGCGGAAAAAGCUUCCGCACAGAAAAGCAAGUAAAAGCCCACAGUGUUGUCCACACUGACGAAAGACCUUUCAGAUGCGACCAGUGUGGAAAGACGUUCAGCCAUAAAUCAAGCAUUUAUCUCCAUAAGCAAACCCACUCAGGAGAUCCAGAAAAACAUUUCUCCUGUGAUCAGUGUGGAAAGACUUUUAGAAAUUCUUUAAACCUGAAUGCCCAUAAACGCCGACACAUUAAACUACGACGAUACUCUUGCAAUGAGUGUGGGAAAACCUUUGCAAAUCGUCUUCACUUUGGAGACCACCAGAUGUUUCACAGUGGAUUAAAUCCCUACAGAUGUGACCUGUGUGGAAAAUGUUUCAUAGUAAGCACCUCCUUAAAGAAACAUCUCCUCCUCCACGUUGCUGAGAAGCCAUUUGUCUGUGAUGAGUGUGGAAAAGGUUUUAUUCGUAAGACUGACCUCAGAACCCAUCAGCUUGUCCACGCUGGAGUUAAACCCCACAACUGUGAAGAAUGUGGAAAGUGUUUCACAACAAGACACAAGUUAAAAGCACAUCAGAGCAUUCAUAUUCAGGGGAGAUGUUUCAUCUGCGAACAGUGUGGGAAGGCUUUUCACACCAAAUCAAAUCUCACAAGACAUCAGAGGGUUCACACUGGAGUUAAAUCAUUUUGGUGUGGGAAGUGUGGAAAAUCAUUCAGUCAAGAAGGAAACUUAAAAAGACACAGCUUCCUCCACACUGACAGAAGGUUCUCCUGUGAUACAUGUGGGAGAACCUUCACUACGUGGGACCAGCAGAAAGCACAUCAGAUCAUCCACAGGGAAGGAAUACCAUACUGCUGUGGUCUCUGUGGGAAACUCUUCAUUCGGAAGAUAUCCUUAGUGGCUCAUCAACACAUCCACACUGGAGAUGAACCAUACAAAUGUGAGCAGUGUGGGAAAGUCUUCAGCCGAACUGACCGCCUCAGAGCCCACCAGAAGAUCCACUCUGAGGAGAAACCAUACAGCUGUGAGCAGUGUGGGAAGACGUUCAAGCUGUCCCGUUAUCUAAAACAACAUAAGAAGACUCACAGCAGCAAACCAGCAGACUAGAGGACAGGGAGGAUUCACUAUGAGAAGCAGAGCAGCACAAAAGGAGCUGCUUCUCAGCCCAGCGAUGGUGGAGAACCAAACGGUUCUGGGAGAAAAGUCUGCAAAGAAAAGGCUUCAAAGUUCCAAAUCUGAGACCAGUGAAGACAAGCUGAAGUUCAGCAGACUGAGGGGAAGGUUUCACCUUAACAGCUUCAGGAAAUGUCCCUGACGUCAUCCUGAACAUUCAAAACUUUCAAAUCAGACUUUAGAGUUCACGUUUCUAGUGUUAAUUCUCCUUUUCCAGCAAACCCUGACCUUUGACCUUUAAUGUCAUGUUACCAGGGAGCCUUCCCAUCAUUAUUCUUCCUUUAAAAUCUCUCAGCUGUUGCUGACAUGUUUCAUAGUUAGAAGUUUCUGGUUCUCCCUGUUGAUGCCAUGUUUAGGUAGCUAGAGAGCUAAUGGUAGCUAACAGCAGAACUGGGUCAGCUGGUUCUGGAGGGGGGACCAACAAAACCAACUUCAGAUCCAGCAGAGGCUUGUUACAAUGGUUGCUGAGACAGAAGAUUUUCCUCAUGGAGAACAUCUCUGAGUUUGUUAAUGCAGCUGAAAGCUCUUAGUUUGAAAGGUCUGAAUCCCAUUUCUCUUUGUGUCCUCUGUACCUGUGUCCAUAUUGGUCUCUAUCUCUGUGUCCUUCACUCUAGUCCCAGACACAUCAUUAGUGGCCUAAAGUCCUUACACAGACGCAGAACCUGUGAAGGAACCAUAAAUGUUCUGGGAACCGUCAUCAAGCAACAGCAGAUGUCGACUCACUUCAUUUUCUUCUGCUUAAGAUUCAAACAUGACCCAUCAAAAUCCAUGAAAACUGACACAUCAGUGCUUUUUCCUCUUCUUGAGACAUUCAAAUAUUUGACCAGAGAAAUUAAUCAGUUUCACAAUUUUCUGUAUUUGAGAUCUGGCAAUGAAAUUAAAGAAUAUCAGACUAAACCUGAUUGUUUUUGCAACUCUAAAAUAGGUUGAUUUAGAGCAGUAAAUACUGGACCUUCCCACUUCUUGCUAAUCCAGGGUAGAAAAUGGGAUUCAAACUUAAUCUGUGUUCCAGGGUCUGAGUUGAUGUCCCAGUUGGACUGUUGUUUCUGUUUCUGUGUUUUUGAGCUGCUUCCAGCUCCAUGUUUGUGGAGUUUGGAUCCUGUUAAUGGUUCUAAGUUCUGGAUGGUUGAAAAAUGUUCCCUAAUGUUGCAGAUGAUGUUGGAUCUGCUGCCACUGGCAGGAAAUACACAGGUGUUGUUCCCUGUUCAGCCACCAGAUGGAGCCUCAUACUGAGCAGAGUUUGAAAAUGUUGCUUCUGAAAAAUUGUUGGUGAGUUGGUUUUUUUCCCGCUUUCAGGACAGACGUAGCGAUCAGCAUUUGCUUUAUUUUCCACCUGAACGGUUCAGUUUGUUCUUAUGAAAUGUUGAAAUAAAGAAAGUUGAACCUCCUGCUGGUGGAGACAAA